GUGUGUUUUGUUAGUAAUCUCUAAAUAAUGAAGGUAACAUUAAAAUUACGGUGAUUUUUUACAUAUGGCGUUAUAUCAGAGAAAAAUCGGGCGACAUGAAUGUAAAGAUUAUUGUGUACUCGAGGCCAAGUCCCAAAGAUUGCUUUCACUGGGCAUGCGCAAUUGAAGCCACAGUCAUGAUGUCUAGUGUGUAUAAAACAGUAAACUUCAAAGAGACUGAUUUUAUAUGUCGAGUACGAGUGUCUUGAAGCAAGGUAUGACGAAGUCUUUGUACAGUUACCCUGUUGGGUCUUCAGACAUGUUCUGGGGUGAACAAAAUGAAUUGCCGUUUGCAAGAUUCAGUGCAAAUUCUCCAUCACAAGCCGAUAUUUACAACCUUGCCCACAAUGAAAGUUUUGGAAUUGUAAACAAAGAGAUUGGUAAGCAAGCAAGAUGGACCAAACCUUUGGGGCAUAUUUCAAGUAAUGGAGAAGCAGAAAACGAGAACUCUCUGCCUCUCUUGCAGCAUAUGCCACACAAUUGUUACCAUUGUUACCAUGCUGAAGAGACCACAGUUGCAGAAAUCGGUUAUCCAUCCUCUGGAGAGCUAGAGAUGCAUCAGCACGAUGCCAGUGUACCUCCUCUCGUCCUUAGUGGUCCUAUAUCUCAACCAAUGGCUGCAGAAGGCCCUGACUACUAUGGAACUCGACAACUGUACCAUCUUGAUGAGCCCCCUUGUGAACCACUUUCCUAUGCAACCACCGGUGUGCCUACAGCGACAGCAGAUGUCCCUCCACAGUUGAUCCACAUCCCAAGCUAUAUUCAAAUAUCACCACACCAACAAUCUGCAGAAGUCAAAGGAACUCAGUUGGUCCUGCCACCAGAUCAUGUUGGGAGCUCUGCUGCUGCACGGAUGAUUGAGAUGCAACAACGUCAAGGUGAACUUGGACAGCAGCACCAUCAGUAUUUAUCACAAAUGACUGUAAACAAUUCACCUCCUCCGUUGUUUAAGCCAUCAGGGUUUUUCAUGUCAAAGUCCGGUCAGAUUGAGUACAUUUGGCCGCAACCAUCGUCGUAUUCAUUCAAUGAUCAAAAACGAAAUGGUCGUCGUUUGGCGUGCACUUGUCCAAACUGCCAAAGAGGGCUGAAUGCCAAGACCCUAAACAAAGACGGCACCGUCAAGAAGAAGCAGCAUACCUGUCAUUAUCCCAACUGCAACAAAGUGUACAGUAAGACAUCACACUUGAGAGCUCACCUGCGUUGGCACAUUGGGGACAAACCGUUCAUAUGCAGCUGGCUAUUGUGUGGCAAGAGAUUUAUUCGAUCUGAUGAACUUCAACGUCAUGUACGUAUCCACACAGGGGAGAAGAAAUUCUUGUGUCAAGUCUGCGAUAAGCGUUUCAUGCGAAGCGACCAUCUCAGCAAGCACAUUCGGACGCAUAUGAGGGAAGAUGCUGAAAAGCAAUCGAUCCAGGACGAGGAAUUCGUCGAUGGGAGCUCUCGUGGAAGUUCUCCCGUUCGAAGUGUUUCCGUUAGUUCCAGUUCUUCAGAUGAUACGAGUGAAUCGAUCAGUGAGGUCAGCUCAGACGUGGAGUUGGAAGAUUGUGUGUCGAGCUCUCAAGACUCUGGAUACAGUGUCGUCUGGUAGACAAUCAAAUUAAACAACCCAUUUCACUUAUUUAACACUUAUUUGCCGACUAAGCCCACUCACUUGAUCACAACAAUCUACAAACAGUUUUUCGACACAAAUCCAAUAAUUUGAUUAUAACAUGUAAUCACAAACUUCAUGUUCUCUGUUUAUAACUGAAUCACCCACCACCCAGCCUAGUGUGGCAAUUUCAUACCAUAUUAUAGAACCUCACUCAAAUUCACGUCAAACUUAAUUUCAUCAUAAUAAAUUAUUAUGCCAUUUUCUUUCAUAUUUUUCACCAUGGUUGUCAUAUGUGUUUCAUUUUGUUAUCAGUUUAUGAAUUAUGUUGAUCAAG